UCACUCAGCUUCACUGUGCAGGAGGAAUGGCAGGUUGGGGAGGCUUCUUCUUUUCUGUCCUCAAUUACAAGACAGAGAAAUAUGUCAUUGCUGAAAACAAGAGAAUCGGAGUAUUAUUUAGACUCUAUCAGCUGGCAGUGCUGGGGUACAUAAUCGGGUGGGUGUUUGUGGUGAAGAAAGGGUACCAGGAGAGAGAAGAGGUCCUCCAGACAUCAGUCAUCACCAAGCUUAAAGGUGUUACACUGAUCAACAGCUCUGAGAUUGGGCUUCACCUGUGGAGCGCUGAGGAUUACGUCAUACCCCCAAAUGGUGAGCAGGUGUUCUUCAUAGUAACCAACUACAUAGAGACCCCCAAUCAGAGACUGGGGUUCUGUGCUGAGAGUUCCAAGGUGCCAAAUGGACAAUGUCUAAGUGAUGAUGACUGUGUCGAGGGGGAGACUGUAAUAGCUGGCAAUGGAAUCAAGACUGGCUCAUGUUUAAACAGCACUGGGACCUGUGAGAUUCACGCCUGGUGUCCUGUUGAAUACAGCAAGAGACCCACAGAGCCCUUACUGAGUGAAGCAGAAAACUUCACCGUUUACAUCAAGAAUUUUAUCAGGUUUCCAAAGUUUGAAUUCUCCAAGUCUAAUGUCCUUGACACCUCUGAUGGCAGCUACCUGAAGAGGUGUUCAUAUGACAGAGAAAGACAUCCUUACUGCCCCAUCUUCCGUGUGGGAGAUCUGGUCAGCUGGGCUGGACAUGACUUCCAGGAAAUGGCAGUUAAGGGUGGGUCUAUUGGUAUCCAUAUACAGUGGAAGUGUGACCUGGAUAAGGACUAUUCUCAGUGUAAUCCACAGUACAGCUUCACCCGUUUAGACAUGAAUUUAAACAACUCAGUCACAUCAGGGUACAACUUCAGAUAUGCCAGGUAUUACAAGGAUCAAAAUGGUGAAACCUAUCGCACUUUGUAUAAAGUGUAUGGAAUUCGCUUUGAUAUCAUGAUCAAUGGCCAGGCUGGGAAAUUCAAUAUUGUUCCCACAGUAAUUGCCAUUGGUUCAGGUGUUGCUCUGCUGGGUGCAGGAGCCUUUGCAUGUGACAUGAUACUACUGUACAUGAUGAACACAAGCUCCUUAUACCGAGAGAGGAAAUUUGAAAUCAUCAACUUCAGAAAAGGCCGGACCACAAUCAAGGACAGGAAGGCGGGCCACCGGGAAAGGAGAUCCAGGAAAACAGCUACAGAAAGAGGAACCGGCAACUCCAUCAAAAAGCCAGAGGAAAGUGCACCCACUGAGGGAUUUGCUCCCAUGCCUGCAGUGGGAGCAGACCAGUGUCCCACCAUUCCUCGCAACACAGGACAGCGAUACACUGCCAUUCUCUUUCCCCGGGAUGCAGAGCCAAAGCAUCACAUCACUGUCUCUUCACACAAUUAAGUUUGCACGCAGAGCAAGACAAAUUGUCUGCUGUGGUCUCAGUUACAUAUGUUGCAGGGGGUGAAAACAAAAAUCAAACUGAUGUCCACUUCUCACCUACUGGCACAACGGCUGGCACACCACUAGUUUGAGUGAUGCUUUCCCUGACUGAAGAUACAGUAUGUUGGCCCAUGGAAAUGUUAAUGUUCUACACUGUGAAAACGGGCCGAGACACUAAUACACAAGGGUGGUGUUGAGUGGCUGGGUCAGGAACCAAAGGUGAGAUGUGGAAGAUUACAACAGGUCCAUAAAUAAUGAUAUAUAAAUACUGUGAUACUACUGAUGCAGUUAGUAGAGUGACAAAGUUAUUUAUCAAAAAAUUUAAAUGAAAUGUCAAAUACUCGUGGGUUACUGCUUUACAAAUGCACAGACUUCCUUUUGCCUUUGUUUCAUAUCAUAAAUACUUCUAGUUUUCUGGGCUGUUGAUCAGACAAAUUAAGCAAAAUUUCCAGUUCUAGUAAUGUAUGGGUGCAAUUUAUUUUUGUUAUUUUAUGGACAUAGAAAAUGACUGAAAAAAAGUGGCAUACUAGAUUCACUUAAAGUGAAAAAUAUUGCAGCUCUCUGUAUUACAUAAAAACUUUACUAUGGUCCUCAAACAUAGACUUGAAUUAGGCAAAAUAAACACUGUAGACUGAAAGUCACUUUCGGCUUUUCCCGUUUAGGGGUUGCCACAGCAUAUCCUCACACUGAC